UAUUUCAACACCACGUCUGGCAACAUUGUUUGUCUGCAUGCGUUUUACAUUUUUGACAAGACAAUUUGCAUUUCUUUAUUAUCUGCUUGGAUAGUAUUAGUUUUUGUUCUUUGAAGGCUUUGGUGAAAAUCUGGAAUCAAGUAAUAUUUUAUAACAGUUACCAUUUACCGUUGUGGGAAAAAGAGUUUUACAUCCUAUUUGAAGAAAAAUGAUUACAGAAAACACGACGAAUAUGCAUGCAAGUUUGGGGUCAAAAAGUGCGAUUAAAGCGCUUCAAAUGGUCAAGAAUCCGCAAGAUGACAUGGGAUGGAAAUCAAAGCUUAAGAUUCCGCCAAAAGACAACCGGUUUAAGACGAGUGAUGUUACCGAUACUCGUGGAAAUGAAUUUGAAGAAUUUUGCUUGAAAAGAGAACUGUUAAUGGGUAUUUUUGAGAAGGGCUGGGAGCGUCCAUCGCCGAUUCAGGAGGCCGCAAUACCAAUAGCUUUAAGCGGAAAAGAUGUGCUAGCUAGAGCAAAGAACGGUACUGGCAAAACCGGAGCGUACUGCAUUCCUGUUUUGGAGCAAAUCGAUCCAACAAAAGAUUAUAUACAAGCCUUGGUGGUAGUUCCCACAAGGGAGCUCGCUUUGCAAACGUCGCAAAUAUGCAUUGAACUGGCAAAACAUCUUGACAUACGAGUAAUGGUAACAACGGGAGGUACAAUUCUAAAAGAUGACAUACUUCGCAUAUACCAAAAAGUACAGUUAAUUAUAGCCACACCUGGGCGUAUUUUGGAUUUAAUGGACAAAAAAGUUGCGGAUAUGGCGCAAUGCAAAAUUCUAGUUUUAGAUGAAGCCGAUAAAUUGUUGUCUCUUGAUUUCCAAGGCAUGCUGGAUCAUGUUAUAAUGAGGUUGCCUAAAGAUCCACAAAUUCUGUUGUUUUCUGCAACAUUUCCGUUAAGCGUCAAAAAUUUCAUGGAGAAGCAUUUGCGGGAACCAUAUGAAAUAAAUUUAAUGGAGGAGCUAACAUUAAAAGGCGUAACACAGUAUUACGCAUUCGUUCAAGAACGCCAAAAAGUUCAUUGCUUAAAUACACUGUUUUCUAAGCUACAAAUAAAUCAAUCAAUAAUAUUCUGUAAUUCCACCCAACGUGUCGAGUUGCUUGCGAAAAAAAUAACGGAACUUGGAUAUUGUUGUUACUAUAUACAUGCUAAGAUGGCACAGACUCAUAGAAAUCGCGUGUUUCACGAUUUUCGACAAGGAUUGUGUAGAAAUCUUGUAUGCUCUGAUCUUUUCACUCGAGGUAUCGAUGUCCAGGCCGUCAAUGUUGUUAUUAACUUCGAUUUCCCCCGAAUGGCAGAAACGUAUUUGCAUCGAAUCGGCCGUUCUGGACGUUUCGGUCACCUUGGAAUCGCAAUUAAUUUAAUAACCUACGAGGAUAGAUUCGAUCUUCAUCGGAUUGAAAAAGAACUUGGAACCGAAAUCAAACCGAUACCUAAAGUUAUUGAUCCAGCUUUGUACGUCGCUAAUGCAGCCGCUACUUCAACGGAAACCAACAAUGAUCUUAAUAAUUCAGUAAAUGAAGAGGGUAACAUCAGCAAAUGAACUAAUAGGAGGAAAUAUUAUUUUAAAACUCAACAAAACUAAAUACUGAAAUACAAAACAAUUAUAGAGUUUGUCAAAUAAAUGAAAUGAAAUGUAA